UGUUUGACAAUUGACAUACAAUUUACAAACAUUGUAAGUCUUUAAAGUUUACAUCUUUAUUUCAAUGAAAAUGUGUAUUAUUAAUUUGAGAAUCAUAAUGGCAUUCAAAAAUUAGUGUUGUAAUUAUUAAUAAAAUCUACCUGAAUUAAAUUAUAUUUAACUGUAUAAAUAUAAGACAGGAAAUUGUAAAAAGAAAUGGAUCCCCCAUCGCCAUGGAAAACACCAAACCAAGUGAUGCAGCUUCACAAGCUUAAAAAGAAAAAGAAAGCUUUACAAGAGCGUAUGAAACAACCGCUGCAACCUACUGCUGAAGGCACCACACAAUGUAUUAAGCCUGCAGCUGAAUUAGAUUUCUCCCGAAUUCUCAAUGGUGAUAAAAGAAAAAAUCCAUUUUCAAAGAAUGCUGCAGAACACAAUAAAAAAGUAAAACUAGAGGAAAGACCACAGUUAGAUGAAUCUAAUGACAAAACACUAUUUGCAUUAUUAAAGCUACCGGCUAAAGUUGUUGAAAAGCCUCCACAUGAAGUUGACUUAGAGAAGUUAUCUACAUUUUCAAAUUUAUUACAAAAAUUCACAGCCGAUCAUACUGUGGAAACUAAAGUCACAGAACAAAAAUACAAAAAAUUACCCAUAGAUUGGGCGUUGAAAACAAAAGUGAGACUAAUGUCGACAAAACCAUUCCCUUGGACAAAUAAAUUAAAAGCUAGCGAAGAAGCAUCUGGAAUCACAGGGUUUGUCCGUUGUCUCGAUACAACCUCAUCUUCCACAUUGGAUACGUCCCCGCGAGCUCGCUUCCACCAGACUUGUCUCUACUGGCAGCAUCCGCACUUACCUUGGCUAAGCCUCUUCCCGCGCUCAUCUGGUAAGGUAGCCGCCACUAGCUUUAUGGCAACGAACGAGGAAGUGAAACAGGCCCUGUUGACAGAAUGGACGGAAAGCUUUCGAUCUUUGUUCCAGCUGCUCCGCGCGCUGCACUGCCCGUACUUCUACGUGUGCGGCAACACGUUCACGGUGCUGUUCGUGGCGGCCGGCCUGUGCGGGCUGGCCGAGCCGUGCGCGCUCGUGGCGCCCACCACGCGCGGCUUCCGCAACACGCUCCGGCAGGAAGAUGUAGAAUUCACAAUGCCUCUCCGGCCGGACAACAAGAAGAAAUUGAAUACUUCAGACGAAGACCGCAAGAACUCGUCGCACGAUAGCUGCUACGACACCAUGGACGAAGUGAAGGAACAGAGAGAGUCGGGGGAUGAGGAGGACCCGGACGAGUUCCUGUCGCAGAUGGGUCUCGAGACUGAGGAGCUGAGGAAGAUAAAUAACGCGCAGGCGCGGCUGGCGCAGAGCGCGGAGAGCAGCGUGGACAGCGCGGCGCAGUCGCUGGCGUGCGUGCGCGGCGCGGACGCGCAGGCGCUGUUCAACUUCCUGCUCAACUGCCGCUCGCUGGCCGGCGCCACGGGCGCGCUGGCCGGCGUGCCGCCCACGCUGCUCGCGCCCACCGCCUUCCACGGCGGCACGCUGCACUCGCUCAAGGUCCGAGAAAAUGUAAUCCUAUCGGACAACAAGAAAUACUAUUCAAUAGAACUGCGCGGUCCCAUAUUACCAACCACCAUACAUUCACUAUUCAACGUCCUAAAAACAACAUCAUCAGCUCAGUUCAGCGCAACCUUCGCCCACCUCCAGCCCACCCUCGCAUUCUCUUGGGCUGCUAGAACGAUAGCUGAAGAAGAAAGCGCUAAGGAAAAUGAACCGAAUCACUUUGCAAAGGCGUUCAAAAAGGAGAAUCUAUCAGACUGCGGGAUCAGUGAAGACCUAUUGUUGCACUUUUGUUCGUCAGAUCCGAGCGCAAUAAAAUCAUUGGACAGUGUUAAAUAUAAUGCGGAAGAUGACACUUACACUUGGUGAUAUGUACUUAUGUAUUGUGUGAAUUUGGUGUGCAUGAAAUAAAUGUUUUUGAAAAUGUC